GGUCACGGACUGGAAGCGGCGCUGCUUUGAGGAAAGGCUCCGUCUCGCUUCGCCCUUUUUCCGCCCCGGGAGCGCCGAGCCGGCCCGGACUGCGACGCCGCGGCGCCAUGAUCACCUCAGCCGCUGGAAUAAUUUCCCUUCUGGAUGAGGAGGAGCCAGAACUCAAGGAAUUUGCUCUCCACAAACUGAACGCAGUGGUCAAUGACUUUUGGGCCGAGAUCUCUGAAUCGGUGGAUAAAAUUGAAAUUCUGUACGAAGAUGUUGGGUUUCGUAGUCGGGAAUUUGCCGCCUUGGUGGCUUCGAAAGUGUUCUAUCACUUAGGGGCUUUUGAAGAAUCCCUGAAUUAUGCCCUGGGAGCCGGCAAUCUUUUCAACGUCAACGACAAUUCGGAAUAUGUAGAAACCAUUAUCGCGAAAUGCAUCGACCACUACACCAAACAGUGUGUGGAAAAUGCGGACUUGGCGGAAGGGGCGCAGAAAGCCGUGGACCCUCGUCUGGAAGGGAUUGUAAACAAGAUGUUUCAGCGCUGCUUAGACGAUCACAAGUACAAGCAGGCCAUCGGCAUCGCCCUGGAGACCCGGAGGCUGGACAUCUUUGAGAAAACCAUUCUGGAAUCGAACGAUGUUCCCGGAAUGCUGGCCUACAGCUUGAAGCUUUGCAUGUCUUUGAUGCAAAAUAAACAGUUCCGCAAUCAGGUGCUAAGAGUUUUGGUGAAAAUUUACAUGAACCUGGAGAAGCCUGAUUUCAUCAACGUCUGCCAGUGUCUCAUUUUCUUGGAUGACCCACAAGCCGUGAGCGACAUCCUGGAGAAGCUGGUGAAGGAGGACAACCUCCUCAUGGCUUACCAGAUCUGUUUCGACUUGUACGAAAGCGCCAGUCAGCAGUUCCUCUCCGCGGUGAUCCAGAACCUCCGCAGCGUCGGCACCCCCAUUGCUUCCGUGCCCGGAUCUACCAACACGGGGACGGUGCCUGGGCCCGAAAAAGAAGGAUUUAAUCCAGGAACCAAAGACCAGAUUCCAAAAAUGAUAAAGAUUUUAAGUGGGGAAAUGGCCAUUGAAUUGCACCUGCAGUUUUUAAUACGAAAUAACAACACGGACCUCAUGAUUCUAAAAAACACUAAGGAUGCGGUGCGGAAUUCUGUGUGUCAUACCGCCACCGUCAUCGCCAAUUCCUUCAUGCAUUGUGGAACAACCAGCGACCAGUUCCUUAGAGAUAAUUUGGAGUGGCUUGCGAGAGCUACCAACUGGGCCAAGUUUACCGCUACGGCCAGCCUUGGUGUCAUUCAUAAGGGUCACGAGAAGGAGGCCCUUCAGCUGAUGGCCACGUACCUGCCCAAGGACACGUCUCCCGGCUCUGCCUACCAGGAAGGGGGCGGCCUCUACGCCCUGGGGCUCAUCCACGCCAACCAUGGAGGCGACAUCAUUGACUACCUGCUCAACCAGCUGAAGAACGCCAGCAACGACAUUGUUCGGCACGGGGGAAGCCUGGGGCUGGGCUUGGCUGCCAUGGGGACAGCACGUCAAGAUGUCUAUGAUCUCCUCAAAACCAACCUGUACCAAGAUGACGCAGUGACCGGCGAAGCGGCCGGUCUGGCUUUGGGCCUGGUGAUGCUGGGAUCGAAAAACGCCCAGGCCAUUGAGGACAUGGUGGGCUAUGCCCAGGAGACCCAGCACGAGAAGAUUUUACGGGGCUUGGCCGUUGGCAUCGCCUUGGUGAUGUACGGGCGCAUGGAGGAAGCCGAUGCCCUCAUAGAGAGCCUCUGCAGAGAUAAGGACCCAAUUCUCCGCCGUUCGGGGAUGUAUACCGUCGCAAUGGCUUAUUGCGGCUCAGGAAACAACAAAGCCAUCAGGCGUCUGUUGCACGUGGCGGUGAGCGAUGUGAACGAUGACGUCAGACGGGCGGCUGUCGAAUCUCUGGGCUUUAUUUUGUUCAGGUGCGCUUUGCGUGUCACAACUAGCCAGCCGUAUAUAACCCCCAGCUGA